CCUUGUAUCCAACAUGGCGACCUCCAUGCUAUUCGGUGUGCGGCUGCCCAGUGGUGCUGUUAUGCGCAGAUCGUUUCUCAUCCAAUGCCAUACCAGACCAGAACGAUGUGGCAAGGGCCUACAAGUGAUCCACAGAUCCUGGAGUGAAUCCCAAUACAAGCCCAAAAGGAAGGGUUGGUGGCGAACGCCCCUAAGGAUCACAGUUGCCUUGGGUAUAGGCAUUGCUGUUCUUGGUCCCAAAACUGCCAAUCAACAAAUUGAACGUGUCUACAAAAGGUUGCCUUUGGAAGCAUUCUCCAGACUGGUUGGUCGUUUGUCUGAGAUUGAGCUGCGGGACUGGUUACGAAAACCAUUGCUUGGAUUGUAUGUACGCUUUUUCCAGGUAGAUCUAAGUGAAGCAGCUGAUGAGGACCUCACACAUUAUUCCAGUAUUGGUGAAUUUUUCCGUCGGCCACUGAAACCUGGUGCACGCCCAGUUGAUGAACUUCAUGAUCUGACCUGCCCAUCAGAUGGUAAAAUAUUACAUUUUGGUGAGGUCCAAGAUGGAACGCUGGAACAAGUGAAAGGGGUAAGCUAUUCUCUCCGGCAUUUCCUUGGACAUUCGACGUGGAUAAAUGGUCCAUUAACUGAAAAUGUACAGUUCUUGUCAGACGAGGAGUACUACCAAACCCUACAAAUCCAGCCGGGUAAUUCUCUGUACUACUGUAUUGUGUACCUGGCUCCUGGUAACUACCACAGGUUCCACUCGGCGGUCGACUGGACCAUCACAUACAGGAGGCAUUUCCCAGGAAGCUUACUGAGCGUCAAUCCACGGAUAGCUGAGCGUGUGCAGGACCUAUUUAAUUACAAUGAGAGGGUCGUAUAUUUUGGCACAUGGAAACAUGGACUCUUUGCCUACAUCCCUGUAGGGGCGACAAAUGUGGGCUCUAUCAAAGUCUACUGUGAUAAGGACUUAGCCACAAACAGUACUGAGAACAAAGGAAUGGAAUUCAUAGACAAAGUCUACCCUAAUGGUGUGAAGGUUAAAAAGGGGGAAAUGUUUGGUGAAUUCAAUAUGGGCUCUACUGUUGUGUUGGUGUUUGAGGCACCUAAGGAUUUCAAGUUUACAUGUGAAAACAGACAACAUGUUAAGUGUGGGAUAGCCCUUGGAAAUGACAGGAGAGUGGACAGUGAAAAAGACCAACAAGAAACAAAAUGUUGAUACAAGGACUAGUGAUGUUAGUAAACACUGUAAUCUGUAAACAUUCAGGUAUUAAUGUUGGUGCUCAAAAUGACUGAUGUGUAACUUCAGGUUAUAACAGGUUUGAGUACAGUAUCAGUAAAUUAUUGUUUGAUUUUAACAUGUAUCUCAGGUCUGUUGCUCAAUGUGGCUAUUUUCCUGGUGAUAUAUUAAUAUGCAUGGAUUACUGGCACUCCUACCCCUGUAACCCGAACAAUCGGAGAGUUACUUCCCCUGUUAGCAAUCAGUUUUUAUGAUUUUCUGGAGAUGUAUGCAUGUUUACCAGGGGCCUAGUUGUUUAUGCAGAACAACCAGUUUGUCUGUUUUUUAAUGUAACACUUUCAGGUGCAAAUCUGGUGGCCCUGCAAAUCCGUAUGUAGGCAUUGCAAGACUUUGUCAAGGCUCGUCUGAAAACAGCAUCAGAUUACUUGGUCCGACCUUAUUUCAUAAACAAACAACUCUGGUCCAUCCAGUCCAACCAUUUGGAUUGCAAUAAACGAAAGCAGCCCAGAAAUGAUGUGUACUUUUUAUGUCUACAGAGUUUUGAAUGAAUGUGAGGUAUGUGAUAUUGAAAGAGUUUUGAUUGUGUGUUUUUGAUAUUUUGGAGUGAUGUAGAAUGAUGUUGCUAGUUAUAAAAGAUUACAUGUUAAUAACUGUUCACAUGUUAAUAAAUGUUCACAUUGUCAGAUAUAAUUAUCUUUUAGUACAUUGUAUAUAAUGAAAUGAUUACACUAUUGUCAACAAUAGGUCAGCUUCAUUAUUGUGGGUACCCGUAGUCAUUGAGAGGCUCUAAUGAGCUGUUAACUCCCUGUUUUUAUAAUGCUGUUCUCUAGUGUGAAGAGUGAGUGACUCGCCGCAGAAUCAUAAAACUUUUUAACAUGAAGAAUAUUGUCAAUUCGUGUAAUCAGAUUCAUUCUUAUGCUACUUUUCCUCAAACAUUAAUUGAAAUAGGAAAAUAUAUACAAAUUUACCUGAGGGAAUUCGAACCACCUCUUGAAUUGAAACGGUGGGUGCUUUGCAGAAAAUCUAACCCUAUUUAUGUGGCAAUACAAAAUUUUAAAAUAUUCCAAGUAAGGAACAUUGUUAGAGCUGGGGAAAAAAUCCAUUAAAAGCAGGACCAGAUUUUUACCGAUUGUUACUAGGUACAUCAAGGUGGGGAAGCCAUUUAACUUAUAAGCAUUAUACACACUAUGCAAAGUACAGCCUUGCAUAUAAAACUUGAAUCAUCUCCAGUAAUUCCAAGUUAAUAGGUUACAGAAUAUGUGUAAAGUACGCCAAAAAUUAUCAUCAUAAUAAAAUAUGUAUUUACUGAAAAGAUAUAUGUGUAUUCUAUGAUUGUGCAACGUUCUGUGAUAUUUGAUGAACAUUGUGUUUUUAGGAAGCUGUGGUUGCAUCACUGACAUUAACCAAGAAAGUAUAGAAAGCUAUAUGUAAGACAAUUUUAUGUCGCGAUUUAGCUUCUAAUCGGCUACCAAAGACCAAAAUCUGGUACUCUAACCGAUUCUCCUGUUUUAAUCUGUCAUGGAAAUACUUUCCUCCACAACGAAACACCAUACCUGUAUUUAUUAUUUAAACAAGAUAAAAUAUCAAUGGUGAAGAAUAAAUAUAUAU